AUGAAAUGUCCUGCUGAGAAUCGAGAUCCCAAGAUGUACUGCCAGUUCCAUGAAGAUAUAGGUUAUGAUACCAAAGAUUGUAGGAGUCUGAAAAGAGCCCUGGGCGGACUGGCUUCCAAAGGGAACUUAAAAAACUAUCUUCAAAGGAACACUCACGGCGCAGGAAAAAGCUAUUACAAGAAGAACAAGUCGCCCGUUUCAGCUGGAGAGGGAAAUCACACUGAAGGGGGAUUCGUAGCUGUCAUAUCAGGAGGCCCUGCCUCUGGAGGACCCACCAUGAGGGGACAAAAAGACUAUGCCCGUCGAUUAGGACAUGUAAUGAUAUCGGGGAAGUCACCAAUGGACCCAUUCCCCAUGAUAGAAAUACGUGAGUCUGAUGGAGGACGCUUAGCCACCCCACAUGAUGAUCCUCUAGUCAUCGAAAUCAAGAUCUCCAACAUGUCCAACAUGAGAGUAAAGCUCAAAACCCUUCAAAGAAACGCAGUCACAAAUAACAAAACUUCUUCGGGAAUAAGAGUGAAGGGAAUCAAAAACAAAAACACAAUGCAGGGAGAUACUGGGAAAAUACUCUGGAAAACAAAGAGCAUAAAGAGCACAAUGUAG